AUGAUUCAAGAAUAAGAACACAUUGUCACCUUAGUUUUAAAUCAGUCUAUUGAGAUGGGAGAGUUUGCAAUAUAGGAAGCAAUUCAACUAUUUGAACUUUUUGGAAUCCCAUAUUAGGAAUUGCUCAAAUUGUAUUUCCCAAUAAAUUAGUUCCCAAAGAAAUAUGAAAUUACAUCUCAAACUCUCCCCAACUAUCCUUUUGUAGAUGUGUAUCUGAAGGAUCUGGAUAUAAUACCCAAGGUUUUGAGUCGAUCCCUUAUGAUUCAUGACAUCCUCUUCACAAUCAGUAGAGCCAAUACAAUAGAGGAGUUACCUAUGAAUGUGUUACUAUAAGCUAUGCCAUACAUCGAAAAUUCCAAUCUCUCAUGUAAAUGUGAUAUCAUAACAUCUUUUUUCAAAAUUACUUAGGAGAAGAGAGUUGAAUUGAUGGAGUAAGUUUUUGGAGAGAAGGGAUUUAAUUGUCAAAAUACUAUUAAUUUAACUGAACCCGACAUUCUCUAUUAUUUAAUGAUCACUAAAGAUCAGAAGUAUAUUGCUGGUUUCAACUUGGCAAAGAAGAAGAAAAGAAGAGAGAAGAACUUUGCAAGAAUCUACGAAUUGCCUAAUCGAAUUUAUCUGGGUCCAGUUUCUCUGGCUCAUGAUUUGGCAUUUUUGAUGGCCAAUUAAGCCUAAGUCAAAGAGAAUGAUUUUGUAUUCGAUCCUUUUGCAGGAACAGGCAGUUCUUUAGUAGCCUGUUCCCAUUUUGGAGCCAUUUGUUUUGGCUCUGAAAUAGAUGGAUAUUUGAUGAAAGGACAUUGCAUUGGAUAUAUCAAUAGCAAAAGUACCUACCUCAAAGAUCCAAACUAUAAAUAAGUUAAACCCUACAUAAAUUUGAACUUUCAACAAUACAACCUUCCUCCUCCUAAUUUGAUAUAGACUGAUAUUCACUUACCUAAUUUCAAUCCAAGAGUUGAUGAAUUCUUUGAUGCGAUAAUUUGUGAUCCUCCUUAUGGCAUAAGAGCAUCAAUCUAAUAAGAUGGAAAUGAGUAGGAUUUAUAAGCUAAUCGAACAGCAAUCUAUAAAAGAAUGUUUGAAGUAGCCAGAAGAGUACUAAGAAAAGGAGGAAGACUCGUUUAUCUGUAUCCAUUGUUUAAAGGUAUGGAAAAGAAAGUAGAGAAGGAGGAUGGAUUCGAAUUAAUUGAUUUUCGAGAGUAGAAAAUGGUUGAUAAAAGAAGUCGAUUAUUAGUUACAAUGGAGAAAUUGUGA